AUGCGGUCUGGAUUGGAUAAACCUGGCGCUCUCCCGCUCCUCAUCCUCAUUGCAUUCUCGCUUCUCACAUUGGUGCCAUCAUUACCGAAUCUCUAUCACUCGAAGUUCGCGGACUUCAGCUUCUACACUGGUGCAGCUCGCCAGGUCCCUCUCCUUCAAGAUAGUGUCACCGAGUUAGCACCGAAAGCACCCCCGCUCAAUGAGGCUCGGAAAUCAUGGAUUCUUCAAUCAUUUCCUCGAUCGCGUGGCAAUCGCCCACCGCUCACUGCGCGGAUUGCAAAUGCCGCUGCGGUCCCGGGCAGCGAAACAACUGCCGUCGCAAAUAAAAGUCAGCUUCUAUCUUUAACCCGCGAAUCAUCAUUUUCAUUCAGCCGCAGAGCUCGCGCAUUCAGAACCUACUUCAUCCAGCAAUUAGACGACUACCCAUUCCUCACGUCCUUCUCCAAUCGCAGUCUAGGUGCAGACUCGACGCAUCCAUAUCCUACCGUCACCCUCAACGAAUCCCUACCAACCUUUGACAACAAGUCCUCCCCAAGCAUCCUGUCAUAUAAUAAUUCCUCCGACAGCAUUGAUGAGCCACCAUUUCCAUCUCCUGCCUCCCUCGGCGACAUGUGUCAGCAGGCCUGCCAUGUCGCAAUUGGCUUUGGGAAACGCAUCGGACUCCACGGAGCAAAUUAUGCGAAAUCGAUCUUCCUUCCGGAGCAGAUCACUGGGGCUCCCACACCAUUAAUAUCUAACCCCACAAUCCCCAACUCCGUCGCCUCAAAUCAAGACCUAUUCACUCCAUCCGAGCAAGCGCCGCCCCAACAAAGAGUUGUCGCUGAGGAUUCCACCGAUGCUGCCGCUGGUCGGCACUCGCAAGAGCUCCAUGGAAGCUGUAUGGCUGUUGUGAUUGGUCUUGUUGCAGGCAUCAUGUGGUUUUAG